AUGCGCACCCCGCUGGUGAUGACGCUCGGCGUGGUGCUGGCGCCCUGCGGGCUGCUGCUCGACCUGACGGCCACGCUGGCGCCCGGCUGGCGGCUGCUGAAGGGCUUCCUCGACCAGCCGGUGGACGUGGUGCUGUACCAGGGCCUGUGGGACAUGUGUCGCGAGCAGAGCAGCCAGCAGCGCGAGUGCGGCCGGCCGGACGAGUGGGGCUACUUCGCCGCCCAGCCCGUGCUGGUGGCGCGGGGCUUGAUGGUCACGUCGCUGGCCACCGCGGCCCUGGGGCUGCUGCUGGCGACGCUGGGCGUGCGCUGCUGGCGGGACGAGCCGCGCUUCGCGCUGGCCGGCGUCUCGGGCGUCGUGCUCUUCGUCGCCGGCCUCUUCGGCCUCAUCCCCGUGUCCUGGUACAACCACGUGUUGGGGGACCGCGCCGUCCUGCCCGCCCCGGCCAGCCCGGUCACGCUGCAGGUCGGCUACAGCCUGGUGCUGGGCUACCUGGGCAGCUGCCUGCUGCUGCUGGGCGGCUGCUCGCUGGCGCUCAGCCUCGCGCCCUGGUGCGAGGAGCGCUGUCGCCGCGGCCGCAAGGCGCCCCCGGCCGGCCCGCGCCGCAGCAGCAUCAGCACCGUCUACGGGGACUGGCCCGAGCCCGCGCUCACGCCCGCCAUCAAGAACUACAGCCAGGGCUACCACCGGCCGCCGCCCGCCCGGCUCCCCGCCGCCGCCGCCGCCAAGCCCAAGGUCGGCUUCCCCAUGCCGCGGCCGCCGCCCAAGGCCUACGCCAACCCCGCGGACGUGCUCGACGGCGAGGCGGGGAGGGCGGCCGACUCCCAGGGCGCCUCGUCGCGCAGCACCCGGCCCUGCCACAGCUCGCUGCCCUGCGACUCCGACCUGUAG